AUGGAUGAUACUAUCUUCAUUUCUCAAAGCAAGUAUGCUAAGAAUAUAUUGAAGAAGUGUGGCCUAGAUAGUGCUAGUCACAAAAGGACACUUACCAUAACUCACUUGAAAUUAACUAAGGAUGAAAAAUGUGUUGAUGUGAAUCAAAGAGUAUGUGCUAGAUAUCAGGCUGAGCCUAAAAUCAAUCACAUUACUCAAGUGAAUAGUAUCUUAAAAUACAUCAAUGGUACUAGUGAGUAUGGAAUGUUGUAUUCUUAUAGUGAUAAUUCCAUGCUUGUAGGGUAUUGUGAUGCAGACUGGGCAUGUAAUACUGAUGAUAGAAAAAGUACCUCUGGAGGAUGCUUCCUCUUGGGAAACAAUCUUAUCUCGUGGUUCAGCAAGAAGCAAAAUUGCGUGUCUCUAUCAACAGAUGAGGCUGAGUAUAUUGCAGCAGGAAGCAGUUGCUCUGAGUUAAUUUGGAAGAAAAAAAAUGCUAAAGAAAUAUAA